CGGGUCUAUCGCCAUCCAAGCUAGACUCCAGCUACCUUCAAGCUUUCAACUUCGAAUCCUGCAACCACGAGUAUUUCCCCAUUCUUUGCCGAUUAGUCGCAUUUCAGUUUGUUCAGAAUGACACCCAAGACUAAAGACGGCCAUAUUUGGGAGCCUCACACUGGCUUUCAGAAGGGACUCGAGAGUGAUGCAGUCAUCUCGCCGCAACGAUCAACCUCUCCAACCAGUAAAGUCUACGAUGUUAUCGUCAUUGGAGCUGGAUAUGCCGGUCUGGCGGCAGCUCGCGACCUGAGUCAAUUGAGUCAUUCUGUCCUACUGCUAGAAGCGCGCGAUCGUAUUGGUGGCAGGACAUAUACAGCCAAGAAAGAUGGAUUUCUUUAUGAAAUGGGAGGAACUUGGGUCACUCACCACAUGGGCUAUUUGUUCAGAGAGAUGACGCGUUAUAACAUGGACCGUGACCUCAUAACCACGGGAAGUCCGGACAUGCACGAAGGAUACUACACCAUCGAUGUACCAGGUGCUGCACCGCGCAAGCUCAGUCAUGAGGAAGCUGGCGCAAUGCAAGCCAAAGCCUGGGACAUGUUCGUCAACGUUGACGGCCAAUUCGGGCGAACCAUCUGCCCUCUUCCCCACGCCCAGCUCGACAACCCUAUUGUUGAUCGGUCAACCGUUGAGAAGUGGGAUCAAGUAUCCUGCCACGACCGCUACGAAGAGAUCAAGCAUAAACUUACAACCGAGGAACAAGGUCUCUUGGUAUCUCUUCUGCUUCACAUCUCUGGUGGAAGAAUGAAGGAGUCGAGUCUUUGGGAUAUGAUUCGCUCUCAUGCUUUGCUCAUGCACAGUUCUGAUAACUUUGCUGAUGUUUGGUUGAGAUAUAAACUUCGAGAUGGUCAGACUGCACUUGCGAAGCGUAUGUUUGAAGAGGCAACUGGAGAUGGGUUGGAGUAUGCCUUCUCCACGCAAGUCAAGUCUAUUGCUCAGGACUCAUCUGGCGACGGUCCUGUCACUGUGACGAGCAGCAGUGGCGAUGUUUUCCGAGCAAAGAAGAUCAUCAACACCAUUCCUCUGAACGUCUUGAAAGAUAUCGAAUUCUCUCCUCCGCUCACACAACGACGACAGGAUGCCAUCAACAUCGGUCAUGUGAACCAGAUGACCAAGGUUCAUGCUGAUGUUAGCAACAAGGAACUCGAGAGAUGGAAUGGCAUGAAGUUUCCUGGUCUUCUUAUGUAUGGCUAUGGCGAUGGCGUGCUGCCGAAUGGUGAUGUUCACGUCGUUGCUUUCGGUGCAGAUGAACGGGAUACCUUUAUCCCAGAGAACAAUGCGGCACAAACUAUUGAGGCUCUAAACAAAAUCCACCCCAUGGAUGUCAAGAGGCUGAUGUUGCAUAACUGGGCCACAGAUCCUUUCUCAAAGGGAGGUCCUGCUUGGUGGCAACCUGGCUAUAUGUCCAAAUACCAGGAUGAGCUUCAGAGUCGACACGGUGAUGUCUUUUUUGCUUCAGCUGACUGGGCUCAUGGCUGGAGAGCUGCUAUCGAUGGUGCUUUGGAGCAAGGUUGUCUAAAUGCGCAAGUUGCUCAUCGCGAAGUUGUUGCUGCUAAGAAAAAGGCUGGUGGUAGUAAGCUUUGAAGUGGUGAAACUGGGUCUUGUUGAAGUGCGAAGGGGAACUAUGUAUCAUAUCUGUAGAAAGAAUCUAUAAUUCCGUUUCUGAAAA